AAUCCAUCACCAUGACAAAACAACAUCCGGAAAUCCUGAACGCAAAAUCAACUGCUGUGUUGGGGUCAUCGGCUGACAAGAGUGUCAGUGCGGUGACAAUGAUGACAACAGGAACAGUUACAACAGCACCGCCUCUCCUUAAUACGCUUGAAGCAGAUUAUCUCAACCUUCCACUCGAACUCUGGAGACUGGUCUUCCAGUUCUUAUCUCACUCGGAUAUUCUUCAUGGGGCGCUUGUUUCGCCUAACCUCACCCUCUCCCAAUUCUGCCAAUCACAGAUUUGGUCCCUCAUCACGGCAGAAGAUUGGGUUUUUGAAGGCUUUCAUCAAGGAUUGACUCGAAACGCUUCUCGAGUUCGUCGAAUUACUUGUAGUGCCAAGGCUCAGCUCGAUGCUAUAGCAGCACCUUGGUGCCGAGGCAUCACUCACCUUGAUAUUGAGCAGAUGCGGUUCUUGAGUAGCACCGUUCUGGAAAGAAUCCUUGAACAUAAUUGUGAAUCUCUACAAACUCUGAAAGUCCGAUUAGAUAGGACUACAUUCCAGAUGGUGACAGAAAAAAUUGCAAAGAUGCGCGAAUUGAAGGAGCUGUAUCUACAGCAUUGGGAGGGUAUUUAUCCUGAGGCAUUGGAGGCUAUUUUGCGUUCCUGCCCUCAAAUUGAAGUUUUAUCACUAGGUCAUAAUUCACUCUAUCCCUUUAAACUUGAGAAUCUGAACAGGGAAUCGAGCUCGCUGAAGAGAGAACAGCAAGAGCAAACUUUAAUUGUGCCAUUCAGGAUUCGAGCAAUGGUAUUAGAUGGAGCUGUCAUAUUCCAUGACGAGCUCGUCUUGAACUUGGCUUCCCAAUGCCCAGACUUGCGUGUAUUGUCAAUGCAAGGUUGCUUUGGUAUCCGGUUGUCGACAGGGUUUAUGAUGUCGCUUGCACAAUUCUGUCCCAAAUUGGAAAGAUUUAAUCUUACAAACCAAUCGAUCACAGACGAUUUCUUUCAAACUUUGUUCUGUACAAUGCCUCAUUUGAAAGAAAUCAAAGUCUCAGGAUCUGCUUUAUCGGACGACGAUGUCAAGGUCAUGAUCGAACACUGUGGAUCAACACUUGAUACUCUGGACAUCGGAUUGUGUCCCUCUCUCAGCAGUCACUCGGUUCUUGCGAUUUUAAUGGGCUGUCCUCGACUGACUCAUCUGGAUGCUCAUGUUUUGAGUUAUGAGUAG